AUGUCUCGCCCGCACACUCCUGACACCCCGACGACCACAAAGAGGCGGGCAGCUGCUCUAGAUUCUCCUUUUAUACCAGAAGGGCCCGCCGCUGACGAUGGGAACACCAGAAAACGGCUCAAGACAGGACCCUCGAUUUCCACGACUUUAAAACUGAACGCGCGCGCUGACAUCCACGCCAUUCUGGUUGUUGGUAACCCCUCACUGUCCGCCGAAUGCGACGUCUGCGUUGUUUCAGGCAUGACUGAUGACAUAGGUGACAUUGAAUAUUCGCAUGUUGUUGCUCGCACGACUCGGUCAGCGACGCUCGAUAAAUGUGAAUGGUGCUGGGGAAUGGAUUACCACACCCUCAAUCUGGACACACGCAAGAAUCUCCAGUCAUUGCGCGUUAACCUCCAUAGGUUCUUCGAUAUGCCCAAAACAGGUUGGUUAUGGGUGCCAAUGGAUUCUGACAUUAUGGUUGGAUUCGAAGAAGCUUACAAAGUGAACACGCGCAAAAAACCAACCGAGCUCUACGAAGGGAAGACCAAAUUCUCCUACCACCUUAUUGCAACUCCCGAGAUGUCGAAUCGCCAUAUAUCCACAUACGACCUUUCGUUGAACUCCAACGAUCCCGCUGCAUUCGAGCGUCACUUUUACCCCUUCGAUACGCUGCCAAAAUUCGAGCUCCACGUUCACCCGCACUUCGUGAUAUUCAACACCGGAUUCAGGCUUGAGCAGAUUUUUGGUUCAGGCGCCGUGAUCGAUAGCGACCUGCUGAAGAAUUACUUCAAACUCGCUAGCUCCCUCAGAAGCUCAUUUUUGAAGAGUUGCUAUGAUUUAUAUCGUGUAUGGAUGUCGGCUUCGCCACCUGAGGCCUUUCUGCACUCCGAAAACCGUCACUGGGAAGACCAAGAUGCGGCCCGCAAGCCAGCAGGCACAUCGUCUUCUGGAAAGAGCGAAGCCGGUGGUCGCAGCGCGGGGAGGAACACGCGAAAUACGAAUCCUGGUCCCCUUGGUGGUGGUGGUGGCUCUUCCACUGUCGAUCGAGAGACUAUGCCGCUUGGGACCGACACCCCAGAUGACUUUCUUGAUACCGACCUUGUGAUGCCAGAUGACUCUAUAUCUCUUUUACUAGGCGAUGAUGAUGAAUCUCAGAGUCAUCAAGCGAGAGAGGAGGAGGAGGAGGAUCAUGAGGCCUUCUUUCGUGGAGUCGAGAAGUGGGCAGAGGAUGUAUGUGAAGCAGCCGAAGAUAGUGCUUCUGAUCAUGAUCAUAAUUCGUCGGACUCGGACACCUCCAGCCAUAAUAAGACCCUCAUUGGCAACACCCCUCCAUUCAAGUGCGGCGAACUCGAAGACGUGACGAUGACGGACGUUUCGCUGAAGAUUGGCUUGACGGAGACUAGUCACCAACCACCCAUAUUUCACUCCUUCUGGGACACUUACUAG